CCUCUGGCCGGCAGGCGGUGGCGCAGUGCGCGUCGGGAAGGCGGCGGGCUAUCCGGUCCUCGGCUGCGGCGGGCACCAUGGUCGGUGGCGAGGCGGCUGCCGCAGUGGAGGAGCUGGUUUCGGGGGUGCGGCAGGCGGCCGACUUCGCGGAGCAGUUCCGGUCCUACUCAGAGAGCGAGAAGCAAUGGAAGGCCCGCAUGGAAUUCAUCCUGCGCCACCUGCCCGACUACCGCGACCCGCCCGACGGCAGUGGCCGCCUGGACCAGCUGCUCUCCCUCUCCAUGGUCUGGGCCAACCAUCUCUUCCUAGGCUGCAGUUACAAUAAAGACCUUUUAGACAAGGUGAUGGAAAUGGCCGAUGGGAUUGAAGUGGAAGACCUGCCACAAUUUACUACCAGAAGUGAAUUAAUGAAAAAGCAUCAAAGCUAAGCCAGAAGAUUUAUCACAUUUUCAUCAUCAGCUACAGGAUUAGAAAGGAGGCUGGGAUGAAUGUGACAUAGACCACAGCAGCUCUCUUAAGACUCCUGGUAUUACCAACAUAAAGAGGCAGGUGGAAUGAGAAGGAUUCUGUCUAGAUUGGCUUUUUUAACAUUCUCAUUUUCCCAGGAGUUAUCACUGUAAAAGUACGCAUGGAUAUUUAUGUAUUUAUAAAUCAUGCACUCUAAGAUGAGUUCAUCAACAUUGUAAAAGCCCUCUUUUCUGUUUUCAGUUUUUUUUUUUCUUACCGACAAGGUCUCACUCUGUCGCCCAGGCAGAAGCACAAAGGUGCAGUAUUGGCUCAUUGCAGCCUCGAACUCCUGGGCUCAUAUUUUCAGAGUUUUUUGUUUUUUGUUUUGUUUUUUUGAGACAGAGUCUUGCUCUGUUGCCCAGGCAGGAGUGCAGUGGUGCGAUAUAUUUUCAGUUUUUAAACGUCAGAAUUUUUGUUUAAAAUGCCUUUUUGGGCUGGGCACAGUGGCUUAUGCCUGUAAUAAUCCCAGCACUUUGGGAGGCCGAGGUGAGCAGAUCACCUGAGGUUAGGAGUUUGAGACCAGCCUGGCCAACACGAUGAAACCCCGUCUCUACUAAAAAUACAAACAAAAUUAGCUGGGCAUGGUGGCAGACAUCUGUAAUCCCAGCUACUCAGGAGGCUGAAGCAGAAGAACUGCUUGAACCUGGGAGGUGGAGGUUGCAGUGAGCCAAGAUCGCACCAUUGCACUCCAUCCUGGGUGACAAAAGUGAAACACCGUCUCAAAAAAAAUAAAAAUAAUAAAAUAAAAUGCCUUUUUGUUGUUGAUGUAAUAAUGGCAGGUAAUUAAUUUUAUAGUUUAGAUUUUUCAACAAUGUACCUUUAAGUGCGAUUCUCUUUUAUGGCCUUUUUCUUCCCCCACCAAGGCAAAUCAGAUCCUUUAAUUCCUAUUUCCACCUGAAAUUUAUACCAUACCUAUACCAUACCCAACUACCAUACAUACUCAUUCUUUUUUAAGAAAUGAGAAUCAAAUCAUAGACUUGAAGUACCCACCAGCUCAUGAGAAGAGGCAGCCUACCAAAAAGCAUCUCGCCUUAGUUUAAAACGCAUUGACACAGGAUUCCGGGGCUUAGUCCGGUCAGCCAGUUGAUUUGUAAAUUUUCUGUCUCCCAGACUGCUUUUCUGGAGGAAGCCUGAGGCUUGGGUCUUCUAGACUUGAGGAACCACCUUGCACAUAGCCUCUUAAGAAAUACUUGUUGCAGUCCUACUUUGCUCUGAAAUUUUGGUCUUAAUGUUCCUCAGCUAAGUGUCUGUUCUGUACCCCGUCUCUGCUCCUCUUGCUUGUUUAGUCCCCACCAUUAAGGAAAUAGGUCUAGGCAUAAAUACUGGGAGAGGGGCUUCAUUUGGGAGGCAGUAGUGUAAGUUUAUUACAGGAGGGGUCACUCAACAGUGGUAGGCACUGUGCUUGGUACUAGUGAUAGUGGCAAAUAAGACAUUGGACCCUGCAGGCCGGGUGUGGUGGCUCACACCUGUAAUCCCAGCACUUUGGGAGUCCAAGGUGGUCAGAUCACAAGGUCAGGAGUUUGAGACCAGCCCAGCCAACAUGGUGAAACUCCGUCUCUACUAAAAAUACAAAAAUUAGCUGGGUGUGGUGGCGUGUGUCUGUAAUCCCAGCUAUCCAGGAGGCUGGGGCAGGAGACUCGCUGGAACCCAGGAGACAGAGGCUGCAGUGAGCCGAGAUUGCACCACUGCACUCCAGCCUGGGCGACAGAGCAAGACUCUUGUCUUUUUUUUUUUCUUUAAAAAAAGAGGCCGGGUGCGGUGGCUCAUGCCUGUAAUCCCAGCACUUUGGGAGGCCGAGGCAGGCAGAUCACCUGAUGUCGGGAGUUCGAGACCAGCCUGACCAACAUGGAGAAACCCCGUCUCUACUAAAAAUACAAAAUUAGCCAGGCAUGGUGGCACGUGCCUGUAAUCCCAGCUACCAGGGAGGCUGAGGCAGGAGAAUCGCUUAAACCUGGGAGGUGGAGGUUGCGGUGAGCCGAGAUCGCGCCAUUGCACUCCAGCCUGGGCAACAAGAUUGAAACUCCAUCUCAAAAAAAAAAAAGAAAAUGCAUUUUCCUAGUCUGAGUAGGAAGCUAUGAAAAAAAGAGAAGAAGAAAAUGCAUUUCCGUAGGUUUGUCAUCGUGAAUUCCAUUUCUUUAUAUGAUAUGAAGCCCUGAUAAAAUAAUAAUAGCCUUUCAGGAAUGCAUCCACUGCAUAAAGCAAGUUUAAAUUGUGGAAUGAUUUCCCUUCAAUUGCUUUUAUUUAUUUUUGUUUUUUCAGAGCCGGGGUCUCUCACUCUGUCACCCAGAUUGGAGUGCAGUGGUGCAGUCAUAGCUCACUGCAGCCUCAAACUCCUGGUCUCAAGUGAUCCUCCUCCCAAAGUGCUAAGAAUACAGGCAGGAGCUACUAAACCCAGCCUCCUUUAGUUUGUUUUUGAAGACUUCCUAGUUAAUCAAAAUCAAGUUUCAAUUUUCUAAUAGGUUUUCUCUCAUUGUUUCCUCACUUAAACUGCUUUUCUUCUCAUCUUUUACAAUUUCUGUGGCUAUCUCACAUAUAAAAUUAACCAGUAUUUUAGAAUUUCAUCCUUUAUUUCUGGAAUAGAAAGUGGCAAAGAAGUCUAAAUGUUUGCAUUUCAGCAAUACUUGUGGUAUAGAUAAAAUGGCCCACUGUCAGCCUUGAAACAGUACCUCCUAUCACAUAGUUCAUAUACAGUCUUGCUGAAGACUUGGAGUGAAGAUAGAGUGAGAUCAUAGGAAGGGACAAGUAAUAAAUAGGAGGAGAACUUUUUUUUUUUUUUUUUUUUUUUAAGAUGGAGUCUCUCUCUGUUGCCCGGGCUGAAGUGCAGUGGCGCUAUUUCGGCUCACUGCAACCUCUGCCUCCCGGGUUCAAGCAAUUCUCCUGCCUCAGCCUGCCGAGUAGCUGGGACUACAGGCAUGCGCCACUACGCCCAGUUAAUUUUUGUAUUUUUAGUAGAGACAGGGUUUCACCGUGUUGGUUGGCCAGUAUGGUCUCAAUAUCUUGACCUUGUGAUCUGCCCGCCUUGGCCUCCCAAAUUGCUGGGAUUACAGGCGUGAGCCACCACGCCCGGCCUGGAGAAUUUUUUUUUUUUUUAAAUCCAAACCACACCUAGAAAACUGCUUUCUGAAACAUUCCUUAGUCUGUGGCUCACCUAAUAAUCCUCACUCAACCUUAUCAGGAGGUAAGGAUUCUGUCUGAACUCAGGAUCCAUUUGGAUCGGUGGCCUACCUAUGGGCAAUGAGAGGAAUCAUAUUAACUGUCACUGUCCAUCCUCUGAUGCUUUGUAGUCCGUAGUAAAAUACAUACUGUCCCAUAUAAAAAA